CCGUCUCGCGGUACACUUGAGCAUGAGUCAAAACUGAGACAAGCGAAUAAAAUGUGAUCCUGUGUCAGAAAAUUUGUAAACAGCGUAAAUGCAAAAAGCCAUCAUUUCUAUUUGUAAGAUAGUUUCUCGUGCUGUUGCUGUUCAAUUGGAAGAGCUCAAACAGCUCGCUAUGUACCUACACAGAUGCAAUCAUACCUCAGCGACAGAAGCUUGAAGAAUUGAUUCCUAGUGGCAUAGAUAAUGAAAAAUGAUACAUUGUGCACAUGUUGUACGCAACGACUAAAAACUGUUUAAGUCGUCAUGCUGAGCUCAGUAUGGAUCGCCUUGUUAUUAGGCUUCUGGUCUACGCUUUAUUUGAUAGACGUCUUUUUAAAGAGUAAGAAAUGGUCAUCUCGACAAUACCUUCACUUCCUAGACAAGAGUGGCCUGUCAGUAUCAGUGUGUCAGCUACGAUGGUACUCUUCAAUGUUCAAUCGAUGUUUUUUACGCAUGGGACAGUGGAGACCUGGAUUUCUGAGGCUAUGGUUCACAGCUGGAGUCUUCUUUGCCCUGGUAGCAAUGCUUCUAUCAGUUUUCCUGUUGUCACUUUUGGCAUUUAACACCAUCCGACAGAAGCCAGUUGAGCAGCAAGUCUUGACACCAGUGAUGCCUGGUGUGAACUUGCCUGCCAGUCAGGUCUGGUAUUACAUGCUGACGCUGCUUGUCUGUGGUAUUCUGCAUGAAGUAGGCCAUGCUGUUGCUGCUGUAAGAGAACAGGUGCGUGUCAAUGGCUUUGGCAUUUUUAUGAUGAUUAUCUAUCCUGGUGCAUUUGUGGACCUUUCUUCUGAACACCUGCAGGUGGUAUCACCUUUGCGGCAGCUUCGCAUCUACUGUGCAGGCGUGUGGCACAACUUUGUCAUCGUUAUUAUUGCCAUAAUUAUUCUUCUGUCUUUGCCUGUCUUGCUGCUGCCAGUCUACUCACAGGGACAUGCUGUGGCCAUUACUGGUGUGGAGGAGAACUCAGCUGUGUCAGGGCCUAAAGGGUUGUUUGUCGGUGAAGCACUUACAGCGGUAGGUGACUGCCAGGUGACUAACACUGAAGCAUGGCGCCACUGCAUUCUGACCAGCAUGAAAGAACCGUCAUUAGGAUAUUGCCUUCCUGUUCAGCUCAUUGGCCAACUCAACACUACUCCUAAAAAUUGGACACAGCCAGAAAAAGGGGAUAUUGACUGCUGCAAUACCACAAGUGCUACUCACCUUUGCUUUUUAUAUCACACAAAAACCAGUCAAGAUACAAGCUAUGCUUGUCUACCUGCAAGAACAACCACAGAUCGACCUGUUUGCAAGCUACAAAGUGACUGUUAUUUACCUGGGGUUGAAGUUGCAUGUGUCUAUCCUGCUGUUGACAACCAGACCAAGUUGCUGCGCAUAUUUCAUGGCCGCCGCCCUCCUUUACUGUUUCUGGGUCACCCACUGGAUCUGUUUUAUUCAGUGUCAGUGAGCAACUACGUGCCCAACACUUCACUGGUGCCACUAAAUCUGCCUUACAUCAUAGAGACUUUCUGCAAAUAUUUGAUCUCUCUGUCGGGAGCCCUGGCAAUUCUAAAUGUAGUACCAUGUUAUGCACUAGAUGGUCAGUUUAUCUGUCAUGCCUUUAUUGAACUGACCCUUCGUUCCUCUUUCCCUGACCCUGAAGUACGAGGCUGCAUCUUUUCUAUCAUCAUUUACUUCGGGACUAUACUUUUGAUCAUCAACGUGAUAUUUGCCAUGUGGACUCUCUUGGUAUGAUGAAGUAUUUUUGCAUCUAAAGACAUCACCUCAUUUUUUUUUUAACAUGAAGGCGAUUGAUUGUUGAAUUGAAAUGUUCAUUUAUUGGUGUGAUGGUAUGUAUGACCUUACUCCACAGGUUAAAGAGUGUGUGUGUGAGUCAGUGAGAAUGAACAAAGAACAGUUGUGACCACUGUUACUGCAUAUAAUGCAGACAUUUCACCUACACGUGUGAACUCAGACUAUCAUUUUAACAUGCCUUUCUUGUCAUUUUAUUUUGUCAUAUUUCCAGAACGUCUAGCAAAAGCAGGUGCAUAUAAAAUGACCAAUAGGAAAGACCAUCAGAGUUUCGAUUUUUUUCGUUGUACAUAUGGCAUUUAUCAGAAUGUAUUUUGCAUGUCUGAAGGCGAUGUUGUAGUGGAUCUUAUUCUUGUUCCUGUUUGUGCAGAUGUCCACAAUCACUGCAUGACUGCUAGUGCCUUUGCUUGUUUUUAAUGCGAAGGUGAAGUUGCACAGAAUAUUUUAGUCUUUUUCUAUAGCUGCUCAUCAUUACUAUUUUCAGGCACAAGGUUCAGGUGUGUUUUAAAAAAACACAAUGGGUAAAUAUGUAAAUAUUGUGAAUGCACAAUCACACUAGAAAGGGAGAGGAAUGAAAAGAAUUGAUCUUUAAGAAGCAGAUUUUUCUCCUUGUCUGAAACGUCCGCGCUAGUGGCAUGACAGGCUUGGGCAAAGCAUGGUGAUGGCCACAGAAUUUGUGGUUACUUGUCAAGUGGGUUCACAAAGUUUGUUUUUCUAAACUCUGGUGACAGAGAAUGUUUGUGAAUGCUUUUGUACCCGGAAAGGAGAGGGAAUGAUGUUUGUUGUAAUUUUCUUUUUUUUUUUUUUUCCUGAGCUCCAGUCUUCCUGUUAUGCUAAACAUGUUUCUUCUUUGAUCAAGCAGGCUUUCUAGAACAUAUAUCCUGCUCACACAGUCCCUAGCUUUCUUCUCUUCUUUCUUUGAACUGCAUUUCAGAGAACAGUUGUAGUUCAGAAAGCAUGUGAGAAUACAUUUAGUCAUGGUCCUGACAUAUCGAGCAGUCUUCAGAACCUGUGACUUUGUGCAUCUUGUGUGCAUAGGAUACUUUUUAAAAAAAGUCUUUGAUGACAUACAAACUAGCUUAUGGUACUUUGCACAUUAUUAGAGCUAUUUGUUUAUGGUACUUUAUCAGAAGAUCUCCAUUGUAAGAAAUUGAAGUUUGUGAGGCAAAAGCUAUGGAGUCAUGACUGGCGGCCAAAUGUAUACAUGCCCAGUGCCCAUGAAUACUCAUUAUUGUCACAUACAAUCAAGUGGUGGUGGGUUGUUCCUGCUUGCCACAUGUUCAACCAAUCUUGUAGAAAGUGGUCUUGUCUUUUCACUUGCCUGCAAGGAACAAGUGCCUUUGAAUCAUUUACAGCUUUCACAUGACAGUCACAUAAUUAAAUGUCUCAUUUUCAUCAGAAAGAUAACUGUUUCUAGACUUCUGAUGGUUGAAUAGCAUGACAUUUACAUGCACUAACACUGACAUUUUCAUUUUGUUAUCUAGAUCAUUGCAGUUUAUUUUGUUAUUUAUGCUUUUCUGUGCUUCCAUUAUUUUUGUUUUUUGUUUUCUCAACAAUACAGUAAUUUCAUUUCAAAACAGCAGUUAUUGGCUUGUGCUCUUUAGAAGCCACCCUGGAUGCCAAAACCUUCUGUAGACAUCUGGGUUGCUUUGUAUCACCAAGAUGAGACUUCAGCUGUCAUUUUGGAACCUAAACCAGCAUUCACAUGAAUAGUAAAACCCUAAAUUGACAGCUACAGGAGAAACAGAAGCAUACACCCUCCCCAAUAAUGAAAAGCUUUCACAAAGUAGUGUACAAAUUACAAUUCAAAGAACAUUUUGAUAACAAGUAUUGAAAAAACAAUUGAGUAACAAACAUUCAUAAAGCAGAUCAUAAGGAAAAAUGUCAACCUUCUCAGCCUUUACAGAGUUCUUCAUAUGUGCAGUUGUUUUUUUUACCUAUUUAGAUUAAUCCAUGUUUUUUUCUUUGAUCUGUAAUCUUUCCAGCAACUUAGAGCUUCAUUUUAUAUUUACUCUGGUUUGCCUUUAAGAAGCAACACAGUUGAAGUAAAUAUUCAAAAUGUCUAUAUGUAUCUACGUUUUGCAUUCAUGCACAAACUCAUAACACACCCACGUUUUACUCAUGAACAUCAUGAACUGCAGUUUUUCCUUAAACUCUUAUCACCAAAUCUGUAAUCUUUAACCUUUCAAAAUUGAACCAUACCAUUUUUCAUUGACGUCUUAAGUGCCAUUGCUUUUUAAUUUUACAACUUCAGAAAUCCAGUCUUAUUAUUUUCAAAACUGUUCAAAUAUUAUUUCGUAAAUUGAAUAUGUGUUCUCGGCAGCUGCAUAUUAUGUUUGUUCAUUUGAGGGAGAAAUUGUGGAAAGUGUUCAAAUGCACAUUCUGUUGAGCAGACCAUGUAUUAACAUACUCAAACAGCUUCCAUUUGCUGAGAGUUCAUAGCAUGGGUGUACUUGUUUGGAGCAACUGAUUUGUAAGCGUGCGUUUACUGUCACUCUUCAGGACCAAGUGAAAUCCAUUUGCAUGUUUCUGUUCUUGAAACUCUUGCACCUUGUUUGUGAAUACUUGAAUAGGAAUAGGCAUAGUUUGAAAGAUGUUUCAAGUACAGUUGAGAGAUAACACUUUUGUUCCCCGGUGCAACUUGCCUUCAAAUCAUCACUUGAAAAAUAUGGAUUUGCCUACAUUUGUUGCAAACAGUGAAGAGCAGUUGAGGCCUCUUCCUCCCAUUUAAUUUCUCUGUACAUAGUUAUAUCUGUACAUGCAUGUGCUUUAUAAAAUCGUCUCUGUGCAUUUUAAGAGUUAUUUUGUAGUGCUAUUGUGUGUAUAAGAAGGAAAAAAUGGCUUCAGCUGCUAAGACCCACACUACGAUCUUGAGAGAGAGAGAUCAGGUGAUCUUCAUGAUGCCUGGUGACAGGUUGCUGGAGACUCUGGGCAUCAGUCCUCACUUGCCCCUGCAGCUUGAAUUCCUACAGGACUACAAAUCCACCACAGAGGUGCCUGCUGACAUGAUGCUAAUGAAAAAGAUCUUUGGAGCCUCAUGAUGUCUUCAACUACACCACUUUUGUCAACAACCUUCCUAGAGAUUCUUUCAGGGUGAUCAACGAAGAAGAAAAGAGCAAAAAAAUAGUCUUUUGUAAGAAAGACAAUUAGACUUUUCUAAAUUGAAUUUGUAUGGACGGUUUCAUAUGUGCCUCUGUUGAGCAUUGAGCAAUAUAUUCGUGAAGAUAUACUUUGCCUCUUGACAGAAGACGGUCUUUUUGGUUGUGUGGUGCAGGUAGUGAUACAGUGAUUGUUCAAAUCUUUAUACAAAUAUCACUUAGCUCUAACAUGCUUGGUAUAGUUUCAUUGCCAUGCAGUAUGUAUCAAAUUAAAUUUAACAUUAACACCUUACAUUGUGAGUUAGUCACGUAUUUGCUCCAUUUCCAUACAUUCUCUUGUCUACUAAACACACAAGCUGAAAAAUGAAACAAAAAAUUUAUUUUUAAAGGAAGUCACGCUACUCACAUCUGAGACACAGCAUAUGGGGAUUCUUUUUUUUCCUCCACACCCAGGGGAUGGGUGCACAUAUUUUCAGUACAUGUGUAUUUGUAUUUUGAAACCCAUGCACAGAUGGACCUGUUUCUUCUACAUCUUGCAGCCCUGUGAUCAUAUGGAGAAGACUUGGGAGCAUUCUUGGCAUUGGUGGUUAUUUUUUUUUAAUUGUCUGCUCACACAACAGAAAUGAUAACAGCACAAUCUUUGGCUUUCCCUGAUAGUCAAGAAAAUGGAGUUGUAUGGAUGACAAGGCAAGAUGUGUCAAGCUUUUUCCCCCCCUAAGGCAAUGGAAACACAAGACACAUUGUUAUGAAUAUUGAUGUGAACUUGUGUGCACAAUGCUUUUUAACAAAGUAUCAUGCAUAGAUUCACAAACAGAUUCUAUGUCUACUACAAUAAAAUCAGUGAAAACAAGA